UCGGUUCUGUUGAGUUGAAGACACACACAUAUCGUUUGCGUUUUUUUGAGUUUUUCGGCUUUACGUUUGGUUUCCUUUAUUUUUCGUUUCGUUCAUUUCUCGUUUCGUUUCGUUUUUCCAUUCUGAGUUUGAUUUGGUUUUCGAGAGGGGAAAAAAAUAAACGCAGCAACAACAACAGCCAAAGCAACGCUAUACAUAAAACCAAAUAAAAAGAAGAAAACGAACGUUAUAACUUUCAGUUACUUUUCAAAAUACAAAAAAAAAACCCAAAAAAACCAAUUUUGUUGUAGUUAAAUUUGAAUUUCGGUACGUUUUUGUUUGUAACACUUUGGCUGCCUAACUUAAUUACCAGUUGAGUUUAUGAUUUUGCAAAAUACGCCGCAUACCAAAAGAAAAAUUAAAAAGAAGAAAAAUUUGCAAAUUUUUUUCUGCAAGUGUUUCGUAAUCAAAAGACCCAAAAGAAAUUAAAAAAUAUAUAUAUAUAUAUAUAUUUGUGAUAAAAGCAAUUUUUUUGCCUUAAUUUAAUUAUUGCAAAAACAAAAGCAGCCAUUAUAAAGACCACGAAAUACUACCACCAUUAAAGAGGAUUUUUUCUUUUUACAAUUUUUGUUAACAUUAACAUUUUCAAAUGAAAAAAGUUGAUUUAUUUUUCUUUGACGUAAACAAAUUGUGAUCGUUUGUAUAAAACAAAAAGGCGAAGUAAAAAUAAAAACAUUAAAUACCAAUUUAAACUGAAACUAAUUAAACUGAAAGGACUUGAGUUUUAGAAAAAUAAAGGGGAAAACAGCUCAUUUUAUUUAAAUAAAUUCAUUUAGUAAAAUUUUUAUAUUGUACAUAAACAUCUUUCUACUACACGAAAAAACCAAACUCAUUGAGAUACGUUGACAAGCGUAUAAAACAGACAGUAUUAUAUUCUUCAAUUUAUCAAAUCAACUACAACAUCAUCAAUUUAUCUGCGGGUAACAACAACAAUAACAUCAUGGUUGAGGGUCAACAACAGCAGCAGCAGCAGCAAAAUGGUGGUGGCAGCGCAGGAGCUGCCUUAGCUUCGACUACACCAAAUGCGAAUAAUAAUAACAACAAUAAUCCCAAUGCGACCAACAACAAUAAUAACAAUAACACCGCCGCUAACAACAACAACAAUAAUAACAGCAAUAGCGAAAAUGAUCCGAAGACCAAUUUGAUAGUCAACUAUUUGCCACAAACUAUGUCACAGGAGGAUAUUCGUGCAUUGUUUGUUAGUUUCGGCGAAGUGGAGUCGUGUAAAUUGAUCAGAGAUAAAGUAACAGGUCAAAGCUUGGGUUAUGGUUUUGUCAAUUAUGUUAAGCAAGAGGAUGCUGAAAAGGCCAUAUCAUCAUUAAAUGGUUUACGUUUACAAAAUAAAACUAUUAAAGUGUCUAUUGCCCGUCCUAGUUCUGAAUCUAUAAAAGGUGCUAACUUAUAUGUCUCUGGUCUUCCCAAAAACAUGACACAACCAGAUUUGGAACAAUUAUUUAGUCCAUAUGGAAAAAUAAUUACCUCAAGAAUACUAUGUGACAAUAUAACCGGCGGCCCUAUUGACCAGGGUCUUUCGAAGGGUGUGGGCUUUAUACGUUUCGAUCAGCGUCAUGAGGCCGAUCAGGCCAUUAAGGCCCUAAAUGGCACCAUACCGAAAAAUGCCACUGAACCGAUUGUGGUGAAAUUUGCCAAUAAUCCGAGCAACAAUAAAGCUUUUCAACCAUUGACUGCAUAUUUAACGCCACAGAAUCCCAGAACUCGUGGUUUUCCCACCGCUGCUGCUGGAGCUGCUGCCGCAGCUGCAGCGGCUGCCAUACAUCCCACAGCUGCGGGGCGUUACAGCUCUGUAAUAUCCCGUUAUUCUCCUUUGACCGGUGAUCUCUUGGCCAACUCCAUGUUGCCCGGUAAUCCCAUUAAUGGUUCGGGUUGGUGCAUUUUUGUUUACAAUCUGGCUCAAGAAGCCGAAGAGAAUGUGUUGUGGCAACUAUUUGGACCAUUUGGUGCUGUACAGUCGGUCAAGGUUAUACGUGACUUACAGACAAAUAAAUGUAAAGGCUUUGGUUUUGUCACCAUGACCAAUUACGAGGAAGCUGUAUUGGCCAUACAAUCAUUGAAUGGCUAUACGUUGGGCAAUCGGGUCUUACAGGUCAGCUUUAAGACAAAUAAAACCAAACAAACGUAAUUAUUAACAAAAUUGACUGCUGUUGUUAAUCACCACCAUCACCAUCUACAUCAUCAUCAUCCUGGUGGCCACUUGGCAACACCACUAACAGCAACGACAACCAAUACCCCAUCCAAUAAUAUCCCGGCAUCGGUAAAUAAGACAUGGAUCAAUAAGAACAUUUCGGCCAAUUUAACCAGCGUAAAAAGUCUAAACGAUAUGAAAUUGACGACAACGACAUCCUUGUCCAUAGGAUCUUCAUCAAGCGUGACCAAGUCGUCAACGUCGACAACAAUGACAGCAAUCAGUAAUGCCGCAAAUACCAAUAGCAACACCACCACAACAACUACCACAUUGAGCUCGACGACACAAGCUACUACGACAACAACCACCACCACCACCAUGAAUAAUCUGGCGAAAUUGUCUUUAGGCCACAAUAACCCAAAUCCCAAUCAGGACUUUAGUUCCAAUUCCAGCAGCAGCAACAACAACAACAGCAAUCAAUGUUUAAAUAAGAAAGCAAAACAACAACAAGAUUCAGAACAACAGCAGCAGCAACAACAAUCAUUGCUACAACAAUCCCGUUCAAAUCUUUUAACCUCGUCCUCGAACAAUACGUCCACUACAACAGCUUCCUCAGCAUUAUCCACGUCGUCUACCAACUCCACCACCGCCGCCACCAGCAGCAUCACUACUGCUAUUACACAUCAUUCUACACAAUCCUCAUCGUCCUCUUGCGCAUCCUCAUCAUCGUCAUCGAUGAUUAAGACCUCUAGCAAAUUUGUCUACAAUAAACCUCAAAAUCAUUAUGAACUAUUGCAACAGCGUCUGCAUAUGCAGCAAGAAUUCGCUCAAUUGCUAACCAGUUUGGCUCAACAACAUCAGCAACCCUUCGGCUCGUCAGCCUCUUCCAAUCAGGCAGCGGCAGCAGCAGCCGCCUUCAAUAAUCCCUCUUUGGGAGCGGCAGCAGCUGCAGCCUCCACAUCGGCUGCAGCAGCAGCUGCCGCUUCUUCAAAUGCUGCCAAAAACUCGCUGUCCUCAUUUUUGCCAUUUUCGAAUUGGUUUUUCUAAAAAGCUUAAUUUUUCUAAUGCGGGCUUAGAUUUUGUUUAAAAAAUGAUUUAUCCUAAAACAAGAGCUUGGUGUGGUCGUUAUGGGAGUGGAAUUAUGUAAAUUUUUAAGUAGGGUAUACAUUUUUUUAAGCAAAAAAUAGAGAACACUAAUUCUUUUCGAUUUUAAAAAUCAGCAGCAGUUUAAUUAAAAAUGGAAGUCGAAAAAGCUCGCC